GAAUCAAAUGUUUCUGAUCAGAAGCAAGAAAGGCAAAAGGGGAGACGAGGGGCAGCGGGAGAAAGCCACCUAAGUAGCUAACCCAUCGAUCUCUUGCUUGUGUUGCUUCCCUGAAUGUUUCGGAUCUCCAAGUCCCGCCUUGCAAGCCUUCCAGGCUUGUUGCUCUUGUUGGCCUGCCUCUCCUACCCGCCGUCCCUUCUCUUCCCCUGCUCCCUUUGCGUAUCGUUAUUUCCCCUCUUCUUUCAUUCCUUCGUCCGUGGAGAAAGCAGAGGUCUUUAGGGCGACCAACGUGAGUUCCUAUUGUCUUGCCUCAUGGCGUGAAAAAGCUCGUGCUCUUUUUCUGCAUCGAUCGGCUAGCUUUUCAUUCGUCUCCUUUGCCCACAGGUAACUUGUAGUACCUCCAUGCAUAUAUGAGUAUAUCUAAAUCUUUUUGUUCCUUUCUAUCAUGAGGAAUUUUCAGUGGAUAAAUGUUGAAAAGGGCUACUUUUGCGCCAUCUCGUGUGGUGGUCGUGGUCUGACGAGCUGAUACGAAAUGAUUUUCCUGAAUCGUGCGGAAGAAAUGCACACAGCAAUUCUAGCUUGUCGUGUGGUGCAAAACACGAACCCCGGCUGCAUAUGAUUCUCCACAGCUUUGCUUUGCUUUGAUCCUAUCCUUAUGUUCACCAUCUUAGUCAGCAAAGAACUGAUAUAUUCAAGGAUGGCGGACCACUUCACGUUGAUAACCGGCCGGAUGAUCACAGAGGCGACGAUUCAGUCUGCCAUUCGCGAUGCCUUUGAUGUUCCUUCCGUGAAGGCUGCUUGUGAUCACCAUGAUCCUUCUGCUCCUGACGAUGUUCAGGAUGGGAGGACUAUGAGCGGUAUCGUGGUGGAAUGCAGAAUCUGCCAAGAAGAAGGUGACGAGGCUUACAUGGAGACCCCUUGCUCCUGCAAGGGUAGCCUCAAGUACGCUCACCGCAUAUGCAUCCAGAGAUGGUGUAAUGAGAAGGGAGACAUCAUAUGUGAGAUAUGCUUACAGCAAUUUACGCCAAACUACAGUGCCCCUUUGAAGCUGUUUCGGAUAGGAAGAAACUCAAUUAUCUUCAGUAGGACGGCUGGAGAAACAUCGGGGAACCUCAACGCUAAUCAUGGUCAAGAAAACGUAUUGCAUACCGCAGAUCACGCCGUUGGCACAUCAAGCUUCGUUUCUGAGGGUUCCAACCCAAAAGGUGCCACUUACUGCCGUGUGAUUGCGAUAGCUUUGAUGGUUCUGCUGGUGUUCCGAGACGCGAUCUCGCUUGUCCUCGGCGGUCCUGAGGUGUACUCCAUGGUGCUGAUCACAGUAAGAGCCGAAAACCGGAACCCACCUGCUGAUGCUGAGAACAGCUGGAAUUGUCAUACCAAUCUACAUUAUCUUGAUAUCAGUUGUCACAUUGCUCCAUAGGUUCAAUCAACAACAGGGUGUGCAUGAGGCAACACCGGUGUUAGUACCUGGGGGAGCAGAGGGCUUGCAGAGCCUGCAGCCUGUGCCACCACAACAGCAUGUCAUCAGCAUCCAGUAGCAUGCUGCACAAGGAGAAUUGUGUGCACAAGGAGAAUUGUAGUUAGACUCUGUAAAUACCAGGGAUAUGUUGACUCGUAGUCGCUGAAUGAAGUAGGGAGAUUCAUGCUGGCUAUCAGAUGAUACAGAAGAUGCAAAAUCGUUGGGACUGUAAAGAUGUUCCGUAGCAUCACAAGGCAUCCUAAAGCAAAGCUCAUGAAGAUGAAGUGGGUCUGUUGUAUAUAAAAAUUCAAAAAAAAAAAACUCCGAAUGUGGAGUGAAAUGUACAGGUUUCCCUACAUUCGAGAAAAGCUCAGAAAGAAAUUGUGGCCAUCUAGGGAAGAUAGAUACCAAA